AUGAAACCAGAAACACUCACACUGGUGCUCGUGAAUCUAGCAGGCAUCAUGGAGAGAGCCGAGACAUCAUUACUACCAGCAGUAUACAAAGAGAUCGACGCUGCUCUCAACGCCGACCCCACUGCGUUAGGCUCUCUCACUCUCUACCGAUCCCUCGUUCGGUCCUUCUGUUAUCCUCUAGCCGCUUACCUCGCUACGCGCCACAAUCGUGCACAUGUUAUUGCUCUCGGUGCUUUUCUUUGGGUUGUUGCUACAUUCUUCGUCGCAAUCUCUUCCACCUUCUUGCAGGUGGCAAUUUCAAGAGGUUUAAAUGGCAUAGGACUUGCCAUUGUUAUUCCAGCAAUUCAGUCUCUAAUUGCAGACUCCACUAUUGAUAGCAACCGCGGUACGACUUUUGGAUGGCUUCAACUAAAAAUUCACUGA